GUCACCGAAAAAUCUGUUGAGACUGGCUAGGCGAGAGGCAUCUUUGCAGAGAUGACCCCGAGGCACGGCAGCAGAACCCCUAGCCGAAGCGACUCGCAGUCUGCUGUACCUUUCCAGCAGGCUGGCGAUGAAGCAGUGCGCGUAAAGAACAAAUUGGAUCACCCUCCUGCUGCGCCUUCUGUGUCGUUUGGCCUACUCAAGAUGCUCGACCACGCUGUGUGGCACUAUGGCAUACUCUUGGUACAUGUUGCAGAUUACCUCGUCAACUCGACCGCGAUCGCGUUCCUCUCGGCCGACUACACUUACGUGGAAUGGAGCUCGAAACUUCGCUUGGCGUCGAUAGGUUGCACUGGCGUUUACGCUUUGGACGUCUUGCUUCGAAUGGUUGGCCUACGCACGCAUGUGUGCAAGUCUAGUGCAAAUAUGGGCGACAUCUUUGCCUUGUUGUGUGUCGGCGGGGCUCUGGCCGCACGGGUCAUGUUUGCUGACAACGUCGACAACAAGGUCGUCGUGAUCGUCAAAUACUUGGACGAGGACCAGCCCCUGAAGGAAAAUGAAAGCCAUGUAUUUCCAAAGUACCGCUCGAAUCAAGUCGAAGUGUACUACGCGGCUGCGUACUGCGUCACGUUGGCCGUGCGGAUAAUGCUCAAACCCGCCGUCCGAUUGUACUCGAAGAAGCUCGAGACGACGUCGGAAACUCUGCUGAUUUCCAUGGGGUCGCUUCGGUCCGCCCUUCGUCGCAUCCCAAACAUCACCUCAGCAUCGGUGGCCGUCAUGGAGCACGAUAUGGCCAUCAUAUGCGGCCGCACGGACGGCGACAUGACCAACAACGAACUCAUGCAAUUCCUUGAAAAAGCUGUGGCCCAUCGUCCGGCGGGCAUGACGGCGAGCACGUUCCUAGGCCACCUGCGGGACUUGGACGCGCAGUCGUCGCUGCGUGUGUACGGCGCGGUCGACGUGGUCAAGUCAACUUUGCGGCACUGGUCCAACCAGCACGUGGCGUUGGCGUGCACGAUUGUGAUCGUUCUGGUGCAUGCCGCGAUCACGCCGAUGCUGGCCUACUUUAUGGGACUCCUUGGCGAUCAAGCGUUUCCGAACCGCGUCAACAAGAUAUUCAAGUCUGGCUUUCAUAAUGUAUCGAACCAGUGGGUGAACGGGACGUGGGUCGAAACCCAAGUGAUGGCCAAGAAUAAGUUUUUCCUUGCCAACGGAACGGAAGACACUUUUACGUACUUUGAUCCGGCGACGAGCUUGUCCGUUGGCGUGUGGGGCAUCCUGCUCAUUUGCGUCCCGUUUGCAAUCGUGGACUUUCUCAUGGGGUAUUUUCAAUCGAAAAUGAUUGCCAAGGCGACGUUGCAAAUCCAAGGCAAGCUCCUCCAGACAAUUUUGGCGCAGCCGACGCUCUUCUUCUCGCAGCGUACGGAAGGCGACUUGAACAAUUUGUUCCAGUCGGACGUUGCGCGCGUGAAUGCGCUGUGGCAGGCGGUGUUUUGGAACCUAAUGCACCCGAUCGUGUCGGUCGUCGCGGGCUUUGCCUUCCUCAUCUAUUUUGAGCCGUCCGUGGGGAUGGCGUCGCUCGGGUUUGCCGCAGUCCUCAUUUCGUCGGGUCCCCAAGUCCAUGCGGCGCGAAGGUCGAAAGAAUUUGGGUCCAAUAAUGCUUUAGUUGCAGCGGAGUUUCAAAAUGCCAUCGCGUGUCAAAACGUUGUGCGGGCGUACGACAUCCAGCCGUCGCUCCGGACCAAAUUUGCCACGUCGACCACCAUGCUAGCCAAAUCGCAGUUCCUCAAGGACUUUUGGUCUGGCAUCGUGCAAAUUUACGUGGACAGCGCCAUGUACGUAUUUGUGGCGAUCAUGACGGCCGGCAUGGCGACCAAGGUGUACCAGGGGGACAUGACAUCAGGGGAUUUCUUCUCGGCCGUGACGCUCCUGGGCCGAGUGUCGACCCCCGUCACAGUCCUCGGCGGGUUCAUGCGCGUCGCGAUUGGGAAUGCCAGCAGCCUCCAGCGCCUUGACGAGAUCGUUUACGACAAGAGUGAAACGAUCGAAUGCAUCCAAAAGUUGCCGCUUAUGCCACGCAUGGAGCAGGCGCUGCGUGUGGACCAGCUAAACUUUCGAUACGACUCGACGACGGACGUCUGGAACUUGAAGGACAUUACAACUACGUUUCCCAUGGGUCAUUACGUGUGCAUUGUGGGGCCGAGUGGGUGCGGCAAGAGUACGUUGCUCGGGUGCUUGAUGCAGUUCUACGAACCGUCGGACGGCGUCAUUGCCGUGGACAACCACAAUUUACAAGGGUAUUCCAAGUCGAGCUACAUGAGCCAGAUCGCCGUGGUGUUUCAGGACGGCGGGAUUUUGAACGGCAGCAUCUUGGACAAUAUUCGAUUUGGCAAUUCGAACGCGACGGACGAAGAGUGCAAGAAGGCCGCCGAGCUGGCGGAAUGCGGCGCGUUCAUCCACGCGCUCAAGGACGGCUACGACACAAUUGUCGGCCAGCACGCGACAGUCAACUUGAGUGGCGGUCAGACGCAGCGCAUCUGCUUGGCACGAGCGUUGGUGCGAAAACCCACGAUUUUGUUGUUGGACGAAGCCACGUCCGCUUUGGACGCGGAGACGGAGGCGUCGAUCAUCGACACGUUGGAGUCGUUGGCCAAGAAGAUGAACAUGACAGUCAUUUCGGUGACACAUCGAUUGUCGACGACGCGGACAGCGGAUUCGAUUUUGGUCAUGCAGAACGGUCGCAUCAUCGAUCGCGGGACAUACCACGAGCUUCUGGGGCGACCGAAUGGCGCAUUUGCCGAGCUCUUCAACAAAUCAAGCUCCGACGCGGCGGUCCGUGCUUCCCGAAACAGCAACGCGUCGUUUAAUCGUGGCAGUCUUAUCUUCGACAUGGACGAUUCGGCAACCAACAGCCAGCGUGCCCUGGAACAGUUUGCGGACGAGUUGCGCCUCCGUGCGGACAGUCGCGAAGCAGUGGGAAUUAAGUCGCGGAAGAAUUCGACCAUUUUGUCCGACACAAACGACAAGCACCCCCGCGACAACUACGUUGUGUUGUAGGCCAGCAAAAUUUAUGUGUCAAGCUGCCUAUUGUCUUGUCACCAGUUCGACAUGGUCUAUCAGCAUACAGCUAUCGCCGACGAAUUGUUCGACUGCUUCCACAGAGCCAACUGCGCCUUGCGGUACUGCGCGACUGCGUCGCUCUUGUACGUGUACCGGUCGUUGUGGCACGAGUCUUUGCAGCCAGAGCACACACCCUGGUGACACGGGACUCCAUUGCGGGCGCACUCGCAGUCAUCUGUGGCGCAGUUCUUCUCCUGACUUGCAAUCGAUUUGGCUGUCUGGAGGAGGUCUGACUUUGACAUUGCAGACGUGUCGACGUCUCGGUCGUGAAGCCACGCAACGAGUUUCUUGACGUGCAUCUUGGACACUUUUUUCACAAGAUCACCGCACGAACACCCGCACAUCUCGUCCCGCGAUGACCGGAUGACGGCGAAUUCCGUCGCUUGCUCCAAACACAGACUGGCAAACACAUGCGCGUCGCAAUCUUCAGAUGCUACAGCCAGGUUAGUCUUUCGGCCACGAUACGCGCGUACACACGUACACGAACGACGCUGGCGGCGAGAAUGCUCGUGCUUAGGCGGACUGGCGACGGUAUCUUCGUGACAAUGGCUGUCUUCCGCUUCCAUGAGCAAUUCUUUUCGCUCUCGUUCGCUUAACCGAUGCAGGCGUUCGCCUGGCAAAACAGCGGGUCGUUCUUUCUUGUGAUGAUGAUUGUGAUGAUUGUGGUGCGACGUGGGUGGUGCAUGGUUGUGCAGCUUCUUUUCGGCAUUUUCUUUCAGCAACUCAAUCGUUUCCACGGGGCCAAGCGUGAUGUCAUGGAUGACUUUUCCCAGACCUAAAGCCCACGUGCCUUCGUCGGGAACGGCUCCACCACCGCCGGGACAUCGCGCGAAUUCCCGAGCACUCACCGUCCCCCACGACACGCCCUUCUUGACGAUCAUGGAUUUCGAUUUCGCUUUUACAAUUGAGCUCCGUCCUUUGGACAUGAUGCCUCCCGGCAAACUCUGGCUGCGCUGUUGUUUGGAUGGGUGGUUCGCCGCGCCGGCUUUUCCAGCUUUUUUCUUGUCUUUCUUUGACACCGUGUCAUGCGCAGUCCAAUCAUCCUUGCUGACACUUGAACUCUUCGAUUGCACCAUUGCAGUUGGCAUCACAGUAAGAUGGAUAGCUGCCUUGGUGGGGUGUUCGUCCGGGGACGACGACGCCGACGACUCCUGGGAAGCGACAUGUACCUGUUUCGACUUCUUUUUCUUCUUCUUCGACUUCUUGGAUGGCUCCUGCGUUGCGUUGUCGACUGCGUCGUCGAUAGCAGCAUUAACCUGCACCGGUUCGGCUUUGACUACUGCAGGAGAUACACGUAAAGACGGCGUGAAGGGUGUGUCCUGUGUGACAGAGCCAACGUGCGUCGACGAAUCAGAAGGCGACGGCGACACUGCGGGGGGUAUGCACUCAGGUCGAUGCGUAGGCCACGCCUGGAUCUGGCAGUCACGGUUGCAAAAGUACACGGCCUUGCAUUGGCCACAUCUACAGCGGGCAUCCUCGGCGCAGCAAUGGUGGCAUGAUGGCAUGGUCGCCGAAUAUUCCGUUGUUUGGAAAUGG